UUGCAUGGAGCAGGAUGCAGACUAGCUGCAGGAUGGCCCUGUCCAGAGGGCUGAGGUGCUGCCAGCGGGUGCUGUCAUGGGUGCCGGUGGUCAUUAUCUCCUCCGUGGUGCUGUGGUCCUAUUACGCCUACGUGUGGGAGCUGUGCCUGGUGACUGUAGAAAAUACAUUGGAAAAAGCUGUCUACCUGCUCAUCUUUCACAUAGUUUUCUUGCUGUUUGCUUGGACGUAUUGGAAAGCAAUUUUCACCCCUCCAACGCAGCCAACAAAAAAGUUUCUGCUGCCGUAUGCGGAGAAGGAGCGUUACGACAGCGAGGAGCGUCCAGAGGUUCAGCGACAGAUCCUAGCUGAGUUUGCAAAGAAGUUGCCGGUGUAUACCUGCACAGGGAGCAGAGCAAUCCGUUUUUGUGACCGAUGCCAGGUGGUAAAGCCUGAUCGCUGCCACCAUUGUUCCGUAUGUGGGAUGUGUAUCCUGAAGAUGGAUCAUCAUUGCCCUUGGGUGAACAACUGCAUUGGAUUCUCAAACUACAAGUUCUUUCUCCUGUUCCUGGCGUAUGCGAUGUUGUACUGUUCGUACAUUGCUUCUACUGUUUUGAAAUACUUCCUUUUAUACUGGACUGCAGAACUAACAAAUAAUCGUGCAAAAUUCCAUGUGCUUUUCCUACUCUUCGUCUCAUUAAUGUUCUUCAUCAGCCUCAUGUUUCUCUUUGGAUACCAUUGCUGGCUUGUGGCAGUAAACAGAACCACCCUUGAGGCCUUUUCAGCCCCGGUGUUUCCCACUGGUUCUGAUAAGAAUGGCUUCCACUUGGGCAUCCGAAAAAACUUGGAGCAAGUGUUUGGGAAGAGGAAAAGACUUUGGUUAAUUCCUGUUUUCACAAGCAUUGGGGAUGGACUUUCAUUUCCAUUGAGGAUGGUUUCUGAAUCUCAAAACCCGCUCCUAGGCAGAGACCAUCAAUGGGAUGAUGAAGGCACAGAUGACGAGAACCCAGUUUCUCAUGAAUCAUCACACAUAGUCCUGGAAAUGGACACAUAGUCAUCUGCAGAUCAUUAGCUGGGAGUUGUUAAGAUUGGGGCCAGAACACUGGGAAUAUUGCAUAUAACAUCCCCAAGCUAGAAGAUCGUCCCAUCCAGACAUGGCACAGCUGCAGGACGUCAUCCUCAGGAACGGUUCCGUCUGUGUUCUGCCCUUCAUUUUAGGAGAUUGUAUGUAUUUGGUGGGUGGGGAAAGAGGCACAGGACCAUAUUUAUUAAAACUCUGUGCAUUCUUUCUAUGCAAGAGAAUUUUUCAGUUGCACAGUGAUAAUGUGCUUUAAACUUUUGAUAUUAUUUAUUGAUUUUAGACUGGUUUUGGUUUUUUCAUAUUUACUUGUAAAUUGAUGCUGGAAGGGCAUUUCCUUGUAAGAUCUCUAAGCAAUGAAGUUAUGUUAUUCUGUGCAUACAUACACUGGAGACUGUUGGGAUCUGUACACAAUUUCCAGUAUAGAUUGAGGAGUAUUUCAUGUCUUGGUAGGUGGGAUUUUUUGCACUGUAGAGCAAUGCUGGGCAGAUUCAAAACCAACUUGGUAUCUCAUGUGCCCGCUUUGUUCUUUAUCUCAGCCUAAAUCCAUUGUCAUUUCUGUACCAAAGCAUUACUUCUGAUAUAUCAGGGGCCAGAGUACUAAUUCCGGCAUCAAAUAGUCCAAAAGGUCUGACAGACAGCUUGUUUCCAGUGCAAAAUUGCAUAAUUGCCCUGGUUGUCUACAAAUAAUCUGUAUAUACCUUUUCUAUGAUUGUCUGAUACUCCAGAAUACUUGAUACUGUACCACGUCAGAUCACAUUAACGCCGGAAUAAAGGAAGUUACGGUCUGGUAAAUUCCUGAUUGCACCACAGUUGCCUGGAAGUAAAUGGUGUGAUUUGUACAUAACUCUGUAUGACACAACAGCAGCACCAUCCCUAGAAUUACAUCCAUUAUAACAAGGCGCUUGUGUGCCCUAUUCCUUACUGCUGCAGUUGGACUCCUGUUCUCUUAAUGCCCCAUGCACACGACCAUAUCCGGAUGUGGUCCGUGUACUGUCCUUAUUGUAUUUGAAAACGACAGUAUGUGGUCUUCGUUUGGUGGACAUGUUCUAUCUUUUUGCAGAACAGACAUACAGACGCGGAAAGCACACGAAUAAUCCGCCUGCUUUCGGCACCUUUAUGUCCGUUCCACAGAAAGAUCGAACAUGUCCUAUGUUUGUCCGCAAAACGUGGACAGCGACCCUUGAAGUCAGUGGCUAGGCAGAAAUGCGCAAAGGAUGCAACACGGACCACAUCUGUAUUUUGCGGAUCCGCGAAUUGCAGACUGCAGAACUGAUAUGGUUGUGUGCAUGGCGUUUUAAUCAGAGAAUAUAAUUAUGUGGGUAUAUGAUUUCCAUGAUCCCUACUUGUUAUGUGUAUUAUUUGUAAUGUAUGCUCGUUCAUUUGCAGAUAUGUGAUGAUGGGUUAACUUUUUUCAGUAUUGCGUCCAUAACAGGAGAACUGGGAAAAUAUUCUCUUGAUGCUUGACCAUAGUUAAUAGUGAAAAGUGUAACUCCACUUAAUCAUAACUACUGACGCGGUCACCAGUUUUAUAAGUGAAGCAAACACUGGGUUACUUACUUGGACUGACCUACUUGUGUUCUUAAGUAGCUCCAGCAGGAGCCGAGUGCUGGCGUCGGCACAAUACUGUGCAUGCGCCAGGGAGUCUUUAUAGUCAUAAGCUCUCAGAUGCCUCGUGAAUGGCUGACAGCCCUCAUCACUGAUAUGGGGGUGGUAGGAGCCGGAGCUGAUGCAUAUGAGGACUCCCUUGCGCGUGCACUGGAUUGUGUUGACAACGCACUUAUUUCGCACUGGAGCUGCUCAGUACUGAUCUUUAAGAAAACCACCAGGUUAAUCCCAGUAAGUAACCAAGUGUUUAUUUUAGGGUCUGUCACCAGUUUAUUCUGCCCUCAGAUCAGACAGCAUAAAACUGGUGACAAGUUCCCGAAUAGGGCAGCAAAAAUGGUGACAGAUUUCCUUUAAGGCUGUGAAUACACAGCAACACAAAUUGCAUGAAAAUGGUGGUGACAAUGCAACUAUAAUUACGUCUUACAAAGAAAAACAGUUGGUAGAGAUCUAGCCUUAAAGGGGUAUAACCAUCUCCGUACAGACCAGAACAAACUCCAUUGGCCUCACUAUCAAAACUAUCUGAGCCACUGCUUACAAAAACAUACAGUGGUAUGGUAUACAGUUGCUUGAAGGGGUUGUUCAGAAUUUUUGUUUUCCAAAUGUCCUAGCCAGUGCGACCUGUGGAGAGAGCUAUACUUAACUUCCCCCUGAGACUUUGUUCGGGCCCUGUGACUCUUGGGCUGUUUUCACAAGACUUCCGUACCCGACAUGGACUCGAUCACGUGUGCCUCUGCAGCCAAUGACUGGACUCAGUGCUGACAUGUCCCCAAGUAGCAAAUCACUGCUGGGUCGUGUGCCACGUCACCAUUGAGGCCAGUUGUUGGCUGCAAUGGCGCAAGUCACCUCUUCUGUUCGGGAAGUUUACAUGUGGGGAUCGGACGCCACAGAGCCCGAAUGGAGCAGUGCGUGUAGUGUAGUGUAAGUGUAGAUCUCUUCACAGGUCCCACUGGAGGACGAGGAGCGCAUUAAAAAAAAUCAAAAAAUCCUGGACAACCCCUUUAAAAGGGUUAUCCAGCAAUUACCUAUCCUCAGGAUGGGUCAUCAAUAUCG